CUUGGCAGCUCAGCUGCGGGCCAAGGCCUGACCAUGUCGACGCCGCCGUCGCCUCGCACGCAGGUGGACGAGCUACCUCCCCCGGUCACAACGGACCUGCCUUCUAGAGCUCGGACACGGCCAUCGACAGAGGGUUCACCAGCGCAAAGUAGCAAGCUACGAGAGGUCGUACUGGAGGCUAGCGAGCUGCAAGAAUGGCAGGAGCUGUACGAGGAGCUCCAGACACUCAUACGCGUCAAGGACGGUGCACUCAAUCUGCUCGCAUCGUCCGGAUUGGGCCAGACAUCGCCUACUUCGCCAAGCGAACAGACUGCACUGAGAGAUCAAGUCCAAGCUGAGCUCGAGCGUGCACAAGCGAGGAUAGACACUCUUCAGGUUGAGCUCGGCAAGAAGGCAGACUCGUUGCAGCGAGCUUCGGCUGCUUCGUCACCUCGAAAUGAGACGAAAGCGUCAAGACGGAGAGCAGCAACGGUAGCUGCUCAGACGGACAACAAGGCCAAGUCUCGUGCUGCCUCUGGUUCGGAGUAUUCACCGGAGCCCAAGAGUGCAUCUCGCUCGAGUUAUAUGUUCCACUGGCCUGUCAAUCGACCGCGAAGCAGGACAACUGCAGGCGCGAUCGAUUAUCUGAGCGCUUCGAAAACGAAAGGAUAUUUCCCGCCCUCUGGCUACUCCUCCUCUUCUUCAGCUACGCCAGCCUUGAGGAUCAGACAGCCCACUCAGCCGAGCGAGCCUGGCUCGAUGUCUCCGUCGAACGGCGUCAUGAACGCGAAACCUUGGAUGAGUGACCAGCUUUAUUCGAGCGACGAGGAGGAGGGUGAUCUGUUUGCUUCCGGUCGUGCAUCUGGCGAAGCGCAUCAUCAGGUCUCCUUCGAAGGCUUCUCGGGCAGAGCAACGCCUGCCGAUCGCCUUCAUGAUCUGCUCACACGAUUAUCUACGCUUGCAAAAGCGACACGUCCGGAUGAGAAUGCCAUGAUCUCGUGCAUGUCUUCCAUCAGUCAGCUCAUCAGAAGAUUCCCCAAGGCAAAGUAUCAGCUUGAUCUAGUAGAUAUUCAACAAAGCAUCAUGCCUUGCCUGGACGACUCGCAGUCAAAGUCGCUCCGUACGAUGACUUGGCGGUUGCUACGUUUGCUCGUCACCGACUUUGCUCGCCUUACUGCUCUUCUGCAUAGCCAGAGCGCCAUACACAUCUACAUCAUCAAAGCAUUAUCCAAAGAUGCCAAAUCCCAUGCAGAGCGUCAGCAAGUGCUUCUCUUUGUUCGAGCAUGUAUACAACCCACACAAGACGACGUCGAUCACCCAUUCACCUCUGUUGGUGUCAUUCGAGCCGUCGUAGCCGUGGCAGAGCAUACAGAAGACAAGCUCCGCUGGAUAGCGCUCGAAACGCUAGCAGAACUGGCACUCAUCGAUAUCGACCUGCUUGCUCGCUCGGGCGGUCUCAAGCGGCUCUUGCAAUCUGUCAAUGAGGGACCUUCGGCACUGUCGCCAAUGCUAGCCGGUGUCUUUGCCCACCUGCUCGAUUUGCCUGCUUCGCGAUCCUACUUUCGCCCGGGCAUAGAUCUGCAGAGCAGCUUGGGAGUGGGAACGGAAGCUGUCGCUCGGUCGACGCAGAACGACGAUCGUCUGCUGCCACUUGCGCAACUGACGAUCUCGCUCCUCCGGUCAUGGAGCGGGUUAUUCUUCUCGUGUUUGCAGAACAAGCAGGCGAUUCGAUCGCUUGUCGGUAAUCUUGCCACUGCUUCACUCGCCGGAAGGGAAACUGCCCUUGACACGCUCUUUCAGGUCUUUGACAUCGCUACGCCAUCAUGGUACGUCAGCUAUCUCGAAGGCCGUCGGUUAUCUCUGUACAGGCAGCACCGACUCACUGCUGCGCCUCUGGCGAGGAGCAGAAGGCAAGCCGAUGCGGCGAAACACUCCAAUCGACCUGGCGUCAGCAGACUCAAUGACCACUUUCGCGCGCUCUUUCUUCUCAUAUGGACCGAAGCAGGCGGAAUAGAAGCAUUGGUGUCGCUAACGACAACAGAGACCACAGCUAUACUGAAACGAAAGUCGGCACUGUUGCUUGCAGAGCUCAUGCAGCUAUCCAAACGCGUCUUGCCUGCCUCACAUGCAGCAAAACUGCAAGCCUUGCCUCACCUCUUUGCGGACAGAGCGGGUCGUCAUGGCGUCGUGGCUAAGCUAGCGGCGAGCAACAUCCUCCUCUCUGUCGACUCGCUCACUCGAUCGAGGCGGCGGAGCGAUCGAGCCCGUCAACAAACCUCGCAAGAUAUGGAGCGUACAGACUCGUCUGACGAUCCUUUGAAGCGCGGUCAGAAGGCAGUCGAGAGUGCGCGAGUACAGAUGGGCAUGCAAGUCGAUGACGUCGCAUUUCGCAACCUCCUCAUCGAGUCACAAGUACUCAGCAGCAAAGAUCAUACCAAAUGGAACUAUGAUACCCUUUUGCAAUUGGCAGAGGGCCCAUUGCGGAAUGAGAAGCGAUUGGAAGAGGCGAUCCGUGGCUCAAAAUUCAUGCACAGGCUCCUUGCUUUCUAUCACCCACACGCACGCAGGUACAGCGACCUCAAGAACACACCAGACCAUGCCAAAUGGACAAAUCUCGCCACUGUGCUUCUGACCACGCUACUCGCGACGAGAGAGGGCAGUCAGUAUUUGCGAGAGGACGGCUUGCUUCGCGAAAUCUCUGACUGCUUGAGCGAACUUGAUCCGCUCGCCACCCCUGCCGGGCCAGCAAGUGUCUUUUCCCGCCAGCAGUUGGAGGAGACUGUUUCGACAGGCUACUUCAAUAUCAUUGGCGUCUACAGCAGACACAGAGAAGGCGUCAAGCUCAUGAGCGAAGCGCAUCUCUUCACACUCUUUUACCACCUGAGUGAUCUACGCAGUCGGGAAGAUCUUUCUCAGCAGAUUGUCAAGAAUCUCAGUUAUGACCUCGAAGGCCAUACACGUAUCAUACUCAACAAAACGUUGACAUCGAGCUACAAGCAAAUGAGACUCUUUGCAACGCGGCACCUCGGCGAACUGAUCAAAGAUUCGCAUGCGCCUACGGAGUGGAUCAUUCGGUGUUUGCUACUGCAGCUGUACGACUCUUCCAACGAGGUCAGAGAGCUCGUCGUCGAUAUACUCUACCCUGCAUGCGACUCUCCAGAGAUCCUCGAGACGAUUGUCGAGCUGGAGCCUUCUCUGGACCAUCUGGGCGAAGUAGGCAUACCCCUCUUGACGCGAUUCAUGUCCACAACCAUCGGUACUCGAUACUUGUUCGAUAUCGGCUACAUCGAGAGGGAGCUACAAGACUGGUUCCACUAUCGCAACUUUUACUACGCCGUCAAAGUCGAGCUCGCACUAGCGUCAUUGUUCGGUCAAGCAGAGCGAUCGCCCGAAGAAAUGGGGGAAUGGGACGAUGCUCUGCCGGUGCAUUUCUAUGGCGAGCUGGCCAAGACGGAGGAUGGCUGCGCGAUGCUCGAAGCCAGCGGACACUUUGCCGAUUUCGCACAAUACAUACGCGACUGCGGUCUCGAAGGCUCUGAUCUAGCGGCACUGUCAAAGCUGAAGAGUGUCCUGUGGGCAGUAGGCAAUAUUGCGGCGUCUGAAGUUGGCUUUCAGCUUGUCGAAGAUGAGCUGCUCAUACCGGAUCUAAUCGAGGUUGCCGAACGAUCACCCUGCUUGACUGUUCGAGGAACGUGCUUCUUCGUGCUUGGCCUCGUUUCGAGCACGGCGGCAGGUGCGGCAACUCUGGCUGAGUAUGGCUGGGAGACGACCAGAUCGCCGCUAGGUCAGCCGCUAGGCAUCUGCCUCCCGCGCAAGCUCGAUAGCCUCCUCACUGUCGAAGCAUGGCAAUUGCGCAUUGCGGGUCAAGGGCCACCCAGCUGCGCUCAGCCGAUCGACAAGGAUGAGCGCUCAGUCGUGUCAUCAAUCUCCAAUCUGAGUAACUACCUCAUGACGAACACCGCUUCGAAGCAACUUGCAGGUCUCAAGUCUCGUCGCUCCGCCGCGCUCAGAUCGCCAGAGAUCUACUGGCGAGCAUUAUCGAUGCUGGAGCAUUAUCACUACCGUUUGCCCAUCAGGCGGUACAUCCUCGAGCUCUUCGACCUACCGCUAUGCUCUGCGACGACAAACGCCAUCAGUGAAGCAGGCAGAGCGCUCAUGGACAAAGCGACGAUAGCCUCGCCUGAGCACACCGACGACGCUGCUCUCGAGCAAAAGCAGAGCACAGUGCAGAAUCCGAGGAUCCAGCGGGUGGCGACAGGCUUACGCAUGCCUGCGCUCGAUUCUGACUCUGAUUCGGAUUUCGAAGGACACGACGGUAUGGAGAAGUCGUCAAAAUCAGCCAUGCCGGCUCAGGCUCUAGAUCCCAUGCUGGUCAUCCGUGGCUUCCUGCUGUAGUGUCUUCCGCGAGAAAUGCAACAUGCAAUGCAGAGAGCGACAUCACUCGUCCGGUACUUCCCUCUCUCCCGAGUUGACCUCGUCAAUCACAUCAUGCGGUGGUUUGCCGUCGAUGGUGCAGCCGACAGAUUGAGCAGUACCGAGGAUCUCCUUGACUGUUGAGGCCAAGUUGUUGCCGAGAGACUUGUGGCGCAUCUUCCUUGCAAUCUCUACGAUCUCCUCGAAUGCAAUGUUACCGCUGUGCUUGAUGUUCUUUUCCUUCUUGCGGUCACGAGGUGGCUCCUUGAGAGCUCGGAUGACGAGAGAAGAAGCAGACGGAACGACAGAGACGGCCGCUUGACGAUUCUGAAUGGUGAGCUGAACGGUCACUCGCAGUCCUUU